AUGAGCGCCGCGGGGCUGCUGGCCCCGGCCCCGGCCCCGGCGGGGGUGCAGCCGGCCGUGGAGUACUACCCCGAGGACGACGACGACCUGGAGAGCGCCGAGGACGACGAGCGCAGCUGCCGGGGCCGCGAGUCCGACGAAGACACAGAAGAUGCUAGUGAAACUGACCUGGCAAAGCAUGAUGAAGAAGACUAUGUUGAAAUGAAGGAACAAAUGUAUCAGGACAAACUGGCUUCUCUCAAGAGACAGUUGCAACAGCUGCAGGAAGGUACAUUACAGGAGUAUCAGAAGAGGAUGAAAAAGCUCGAUCAGCAGUACAAAGAGAGGAUACGAAAUGCAGAACUCUUCCUCCAGCUGGAGACUGAACAAGUCGAGAGAAAUUACAUUAAAGAGAAGAAGGCAGCGGUGAAAGAAUUUGAAGACAAGAAGGUUGAGCUCAAGGAGAACCUGAUUGCUGAGCUAGAAGAAAAGAAGAAAAUGAUUGAAAAUGAAAAACUGACGAUGGAACUGACUGGAGAUUCCAUGGAAGUGAAGCCCAUCAUGACCAGGAAGCUGCGGAGGCGACCGAAUGACCCCGUCCCCAUCCCGGACAAGAGGAGGAAGCCGGCGCCUGCCCAGCUAAACUAUUUGCUAACCGAUGAACAGAUCAUGGAGGAUCUGAGGACAUUAAAUAAGCUUAAGUCACCCAAGAGACCAGCAUCUCCAUCUUCUCCUGAACAUUUACCUGCUACACCUGCAGAAUCUCCAGCCCAGAGAUUUGAAGCUCGGAUAGAAGAUGGCAAACUGUACUACGACAAAAGAUGGUACCACAAGAGCCAAGCCAUCUACUUGGAGUCGAAGGACAACCAGAAACUGAGCUGUGUGAUCAGCUCCGUUGGAGCCAACGAGAUCUGGGUGAGGAAGACCAGUGACAGCACCAAGAUGAGGAUUUACUUGGGCCAGCUUCAGCGCGGGCUCUUUGUGAUCCGCCGGAGAAAAUUUUUAACUUGAGCUGGCUCAUUGGCCUUGGAAAAUGGAGAACACUGUUGUGGAUUCUGCACGGAACGUUUGUGGCCAGCCACUUCCAUCUUUGUGUCCUCCUUCGCUGCCUCGACCCCGUCAGCCAUCUGUCACCACGAGACUAUUACCGGGAGUGUUGGCAGUUGGAUCUACUUACUUCAUUGGUUUUUGCUCAUACUUUGUUUUUGUUUUUGUUUUUUAACUCCCUUUGAAUUUGGAAGGACAUCUCUUUAGGUCUUUUUCCCAUAAAGAAGAGCAGGAAGGGAUACACUGUGCAGAGCAUUUUCAUGUUUUUAAUCUGAUUGGUGGAUCACGUAGCUGCUUGUUGAGUCCAAUUCACCAUUUCCCCAGAAGCUUGGGGCAGAGGUCCUAGCAGAAGGAGAUUAAUUCUCCUGGCUCUCGGCCUUCUCGGAGAAAUAAAUGCCUGUGUAACAUCUGGCAUAUGCCAUCCAUUCCACUGGCUGAACACAGAAAGAUGUGCCUGGGAGACUUAUGUGUGUUGAAGUAAACAGGGUGUGGGGAGGGGCACUUCGUUUUCAUAAUGUGCUAAAGGUACCAUAUUUUAAAUAUCAUUUCAUGCGAGUGGUUUAUUCAGACACACUUGUUCUAGCUCAAGCUCUAGCUGGAGCAGGAAGUGGUCAUUUCAGAAGUUUUCAUUGGUACCUCAUUCCUCUCUGCUGCUCCCACGUAGGUGAAGCGGUGGCUCGAGCUCAUUAUCUGGGUUGUCUGUUGUAGGUGGGGAGGCCAGAUUGCUAGUGCAAUAAUCCGUGAUCUGUAGACUCCCACAAUUCAAAUUGCACUUUUGUUGCCAGUGCCUUUAUUGCACACUGGCCAUGGCACAGCCCUGGAACCUUGUUGGCUUUCCCAGCCUCCCGGGAGACCUCACCCAGGCAGAAGACAAAGCAGACUCUGUCGUAGCUGUCACUAAACUUACAUUAACUUACACUAAACUUCUACCGAAUGCCUUCCCUGAUCCCUCUCCCUCCUUCUCAUCAUUGGAGGAAGGCUUCAGCGGGUUGUUCUGUUGCCAUCUCUUGAGAUGUUUCAAGAAUUUGGGAUUAGAGCACAUCGUCAGCAUCUCUGUAGGCAAGCCCAGACUUUACACCGCCUAGGAAAUCUUCGUAAGCAAUUGCUUUGAUCUCAAGUGACUGCUCCCAUGUUGUCUCUGGGUGUGCAUACCCCAGAGCAACUUGGGGGGCUGUGGUGAUAAGUAUAUCCCUUCUCUAAAAUCCUGGUUUCAACAGUUACCAACCCGUACUUAGUCAAGACAUCCAUGGAUGUAUUUGUGUUUUAAUUUACAACCCAUUCUUUUAUAUCUUUUUUUUUUUUUCUGAUGUUGAAAUCUUAUUUAGAAAACAGGAUAAAUGAUGCUGUUUAUCAGAAGUUGCUGGGGCAUCUUGUGUUUCUCCUCUGUCCCCUCAUACCCCCAUUAUUAUGUUACUGUGGUGAAUCACCGCGCAGUAGAUUUCUUUUUGAUGGCCUUUGCUGUGAGGCCGCCUUCUCCUGCUUGAAUUGUCCCGGGCCUGGGUCACAGCCUGUCGUGUGAGGGAGCGGUUGGUCUUGAGCUAGUGCCCUGUGAUGGAAAUGUCUUUAGAUAUGUUUAGUGUGUGUUGCCAUCGAUAGGCUUGUUAACGAAUCUUAGUCGUCCUCCUAAACGGUACAUCCAAGUUUGUUUAGAGGGGACAGGACUGGGUAAAUAGCACCCGGGGUUCAGUGUCAGAGUAGCAGCAAGUGGCUUUUUUUCCUCAUCCAGUGACACUUUUGUGCUUUCAUUGAUACAAAGACUGGGGUUUGGGCACUUGGGCCUCUUCGGCUUCUGUCACUUUCAGGGUUUUUGAGGUCACCCUUGGGGCACGGGCACGGCCCCAUCACUGCCUUCUCAGUGUCCUCAUAGGCCUUUACCAGGAUCUGGGGAAGAUGGGAAGCAGACUUGAGACACAACAGUGUAAAUUACCUAAUCCCAGAAGAUUUAAUUUUUCAUUUCAUCACCUCAGAGAUAAAAAAAAUCCCAGUCGAACCACUGUGACAGGCCCUGUGGUAACUGGUAUGGAAGAGCCCUGUGGUUGGAAGCCAAAGGUGCUUUCGUGAGGGACAGAGGCAGCUUCCAGAUUCCUCGAAUAAGGGGACUGGCUCUUAGCCCUGGUUACUCAAUCUUUGUUCAGAAGCUGUCACUAGGCUCUGUGGAAGUGGGCCCCUCCUAACCCCAGGGCACAGAUGAAUCCUCAAAUUCAAACUCUUUCUUUCAGCUGAUACUUAGGAAGCGGUUGGGGUGGACAAUUCUGAUCUAGAGCCUGUACGUGUUUUCAUCUGUGGUUGAGCCUGUCCGCGUUGUUCUGAUCCAGAACCUGUGUGUUUUAUUCUGAUCAACACCCUCUACAUGUGCUGCAUUUGAGGCAGCCACCUCAGCUCUUAGACAGUGUUUUCUGUGGCUGUGUCCCAGUAUUUAUUUUACCUCUGUUUGGGAGGUUCAUGUGCCCUUCUUCAGCCCCGCUUCCUUGUCUCCCUAAGCCAGUGCGCUUUUGAAAAACUUCCAGACUUCUGUAGCCAUACCAAAGCCAGGAUGUUUCCACUCAUUUGGAUGCCAGUAUUUAUAGAUGUUUAACUAUCUAAUUUAAGUUUUUUUUCAAGACUUCUAACUGGGGCCAGCGUAAGACCCCAGAGGCUGACCUACAAAUGAAGCUACUUGUUUGUGAAUGAGACCCUGUGUUCGGGCCUGAGGGUGACUUUUCUAAGAGAAAUAAGGUGGUGUGUGGGUUGGUGGGGCUGGUUGCAUUU